CCUUAUGUACCCGAGCCUGGGAAAUCCCUAGAAGCCCAUCCUCUUUCCCCUACCCAUAACAACUUCUGUCUGUUUUGAGGGAAGGAGCGAUGUCCUAUUUUUCUUUUCAUAAAAAGUGAAUACUUCAGCACAUGGAGGUACACACAGAGACACUCAAAACUAAUUGUACCUCAAGGAGAAGCCCAGAUUUAGUGUGAGACACUUUCCCCUUGACCUAAAUUAUAAGCAUUCAUCUAAUUCUCUUUAGUUGUCUGGGUAUCACCUGAUUUCCCUCAAGGCUCCUCGGUGUUGAUCAGUGGGUAGAAAAGCAAGUGGAGAACUCUUCUCACAGACUCCUGCACACUUCCAAAUUUUCUUUUCCAACCUACUCUUUUAAAACCCUUCUCCAAACUCUCCUCAAAUAGUGUGUAUUCCCCUUUAAGGGGCAGGGCAUCUUAUUCCACCGUCACCCCCCCAAUCUCCGGAGUAAUCUGAAGUUUCCAGAGGACCCUGAGUUGCCCCCCCCAACCAAAGCUAGCUCUCCCCUGCCCCAGAAAAGAACCGUCCAAAUCCUAUUUUUUGCUUUGCCCCCUCCCCACCCUCAGUCCCCAUCUCUUUCCUUCCCUAGAACUCAACCUUCUCUCAGUUGGGCCAAGACUUCCCCGAGCCUCCCUACAUCAUCACCCCCCUUCCCAUCCCUCAGUUCCCCUGAAUGGAGCCAGGGAGAUGUGGUGGGGGGGCCGGGGCCGGAGUUUCAACAUUCCACCACAGAAGGAGCCAGAGAUGGGGCUCUUAUGCCCAAAGUCCGUGCAGGUGAGUGGGGCGGAACAGUCAAGAAAUCCCCCAUGUCCAGCUCUCCGAUGCCUUCCAGGGGAAAAGGUCUUGGCCUGGGCACCAGGAGUGAGAAGGGGACUGGAACCUGAAAUACCGGGAACCCUGAUAUGUACCAACCUAAGAUUAUUGUUCCGCCCCCAGGGAUGGCAAGGACGGCAGGAUUCUAUAUUGAGCAGUGACUAUGAUUUUGCCCUCAGCAAUAUUGGACGACUAGAAGCUGUAAGUGGCCUAGGCAAGCCCCAGAUCCUUCGUCCGGGGUCUCUGCUCAAGUUCAUGCCCGAUGAAAUUCUAAUUCACGGACGAGAUUUUCGGCUUUUAAGAGUUGGCUUUGGAGAUGGGGGACUGGAGCCCCUUGCCUUUAGGGUGGCCAUGGCGAUUAUCCAGGCUAGAGCCCAGAACAGACAAGUCCAACAGUAUAAAGGAAUGACUUUGAGCAAAGCUUGUUGUGGCCUGGGUCCCAGUGAGCCACCUGUUCCCCUCUUAGACACUCCUGAGGACUGGGAGGCUGAACGGAGGAAGCAGGGGGCUAGAGGCUGGAGGGUCAGCACAGUAAAUGAGAGGUUCGAUGUAUCCACCAGUCUCCCUCGUUACUUCUGGGUCCCUAGACGGACACUGGACAGUGAAGUCAGAAAGGCAUUUGGUCACUUCCAUCAGGGCCGUGGACCGCGCCUUUCCUGGCACCACCCUGGAGGCAGUGACCUUCUCCGUUCUGGUGGCUUUUAUGAAGCCAGUGAUCCUAACAGAGAGGAUAUCAGGGCAGUGGAGUUACUACUCCAGGCUGGGCAUUCGGAUAUUGUCCUGGUAGAUACUGUGGAUGAGCUUCCCAGCCUUGCAGAUAUCCAGCUUGCCCACUUGAGGCUCCGCGCCCUCUGCCUACCUGAUGCAGCUGAGGAAAAAUGGCUUUCAGCUCUGGAGGGAACGAGAUGGUUGGACCAUGUCAGGUCCUGUCUCCGAAAGGCCAGUGACAUCUCGGUGCUAGUGACCUCCAGGGUCCGAUCUGUAGUUCUUCAAGAACAAGGUGACCGUGAUCUCAAUGGCCUCCUCUCUUCACUUGUUCAGCUGCUCUCAGCCCCUGGAGCUCGGACCCUGCAUGGCCUCCAGACCAUUGUACAGCGAGAGUGGGUAGCAGCCGGCCACCCCUUCCUGACCCGUCUGGGAGGGUCUGGGGAAAGUGAGGAGGCCCCAGUGUUCCUUCUUUUCCUUGACUGCCUUUGGCAAUUAGUCCAUCAGUUUCCAGCAGAGUUUGAAUUCUCUGAGUUCUUCCUCCUGGCCCUUCAUGAUAGUGUCAGGGUUCCUGACACCCCCACCUUCCUGAGAGACACCCCCUGGGAACGGGCAAAGCAUAAUGGACAGGAGUUCAAUUCCUACACACAGGUGUAUACACCAGGAUCCCCUCAGUCUCCAGUUGGAGACCUCAUCUCCAGACCACUGACUGUCUGGGAUUGGGGUCUUCGAUAUAGUCGUCAGCAAAUAGUUCAAUUCUAUAACCCGUGUUAUGAACCACAACAUCGCCCAGAUUCCUUUCCUCCUAGAGAACAGCCAACUCCAUCGACUCCUAGUCCUCCACGAUCCAUACUGCUCUUCUCUCGAGGAACUCUGACCCCACUGAACCAGCUCUCUCCCUGGCGGGAUGGUUUUUCCUCAAUGAUGUCUUCAUCUCGAUGGCUCCUCCGACACAAUCCAUCCUCUGAUAGCCUGGCUGACCAGGAGUGGGGACUCCCCCCUCACUGGGGGCCCUCCCCUUUGCCUCCGGGACUUCUGUUGCCUGGAUUCCUAGGACCUCAGAUCAGACUCUGGAAACGGUGCUACCUGAGGGGCCGGCCUGAGGUCCAGACAGGUAUGUCAGCCCCAACAGUCUCUGGACUCUUGGAUGAGCUGACCCAGCUCCAGCAGCUGCUGAGGACGUGGUCAUCAGGAGUAUCACCUGGGGCUCAGGUGGCGACCAGAGACUCAGACACCCCAUUAUCUCUCUCCCGAUGAGAUGUCUGACCCUCUUUAGACUUCUAGGUUUCCUUGAUCUGCCAGAACUUCCCUUUGCCUUAACCUCCAUCCUUCUAAUUUCCCCAAUCACCAAACAAGCUUAAUAGGAUUUAACCUUCUGUUUCUGGCCUUCCCCCUAGCCUAUAAACAAUAGGACCAGAUUUUGAUCUGGAAAAGGCCUUAAGAGAUCUAGUCUUACUCUAAAAUGGGCUAGCUGGCUGUUUGGUGCAUUGGGAAGAGCAUAGGACUGGGACUCAAGAGAACUGGGUAUUCUUGUCGUGGCUCUAUGUGAUCAUGUACAAAUCACCUUUUUUGACCUUGUUUUCUUAAUUUGUAAAAUAAUACAUGUACAGGAUGUGUCCCCAAAGUCUACUUUAAGCUUUGACAGCUUAAAGCUGCACUAAAAUAUUUGGAAUGGUAUAUGUGUAUGUAUGUACUAGAAUCUAUUUGAGGCUGUUUCCAGGUCUGGAAUACUGUAGCCCCAACACUGACAAGUGCUCCUCCUACCAAUUCCCUAGAGACUGUUUUGUGCCUGAAAAAUCUUUUUGUGUAAUUAUCUUAUUUAGAGGAUUAAUUUGCUCCCUUCUCCAGGACUAUUCCAUCCUUUAUAGGUUUACAGUUGUAUAGUAUUUUAAGUGAAGAUCCUGGUUGUGACUCUCACCAAUGUGGCCUCACAGAUUUGCUCCUAAUCUUCCUUUUGCCUUGCCUCUCUAAUUCUUAAUCGCUAGUUCUUCUCUUUAUAGUUUUUUCAUGGAAAUAUAAUAGAGAAAGGGAAUAGCUCUUACUAUAUGCUAGGUAUUUGGCUGAAUGCUUUUCUCAAAAGAUGAUCUUAUUUGAUUCUCACAGUAGAUGCUAUUUUUAUCCCAAUUUUACAGUUGAGGAAACAGAAUUUAAAUGGCUUUCCCCACGGUCACACAGAUAGAUGGUAAGAGUUUGAAGCCAGAUUUGAAAUUGGGUCUUUCAUAUCUAAGGCCCAGCCUUUUAUAUCCUUUGAAUGAGAUUGGGAGACACUCUACCACCUCCACAUGUAGAUCUCUUUUUAGUGAUAUUCUAUUUACAGAAACUAUCAAUGUACAAUAUUUAUAUAAGCUUCCUGUAUAAUUUUUUUUUAAUUUUGUGGGAAUAUGUGGGAAUAAGUGCUAGGAUAAAGUUGGGAAAAUGGAGACAUAAAAAUCUUGUACUGUGGAAAUGAUAUGUGGGUCCACCAUCUUUUUAGUGACAUUCUAUUUACAGAAACUAUCAAUGAACAGUAUAUAAGCUUCUUGUGGGAUCAAAUUGGGAAAAUGGAGACAGAAAAUCUUGCACUGUGGAAAUAUGUGGUUCCAGAUAUCUUCUUGCAACUCACUGAUAAUUCAUUACCCAACACCCAAUGAAUUAUGGUGGGUCCCACUUACAGGUGGGCCCAUGUACAAAUUUAGUAUAUAGUCUAAAUUGGAAUUUUGUGUCUUUUCAGGAAAUAAUGUGGAAAGGUUUCACUUGUUUUAGGGGUCAGGCUGGGACCAAAGACCAACCUCUCUGAAUUAAGCUAAGAUCCCUUGGAGGUUCCAAUCUGAGGCCACUGGCAAAGUUCAGAAGCUCAUGGGAUCCCUUUAAUUAAGGAUAACAAAUAGAAUAGAGAUAGGUUCUGGAAUGUUAACAAGGAGGAGUUUACUCCUUAAAUCCUAAUUUGUAAUUAUUUGCUUUAUUAUAGAUAUAAUAUGUGAUACACAUUUGGGAUUUUGAAGGAAUCAAACCAGAUUUCUGACAGAAUAGUUUAAUGUUUUCAGCUAAAAGUUAGCUAAUGUUCCUUCUUCAUGACUUUUUUCCAGUUAUUAAUCUUUGUGCCCUCCUUCAGAGGGCACAACUUAUCCCUUAAGUAACCUGUCUGUACAUAAUUGUUUGCAUGUUGUCUCCCUAUUAACGAAGCAGGGGCUGGGUUUUGCCUUUAGCACAAUGUCUGGCAUAGUUGGUGCUUGAUAAAUGUUAGUUGACUUGACAUACAGCCAAUGAUUAUACUAAUAUGCUCAAUGUGCACGUGAUCAGCAACUUAACAGGGAUGCAAAUUGUUCCCAUAACUGUCCUCCGACCUCCAGGGAGGAUGCCCUAAUUCGGAGAAGGGAGUAAGCAUGUAGCACCCACCUCAUCCUAGGUGCAGUGCUAAGGGCUCAUGCUCAUCUUUACAGAAGUAGGUGCUGUUAAAAUCCCCAUUUUACAGUUGAGGAAACUGAGGCACCAAGAUUUAAGUUUUGUCACCUAGCCAGGGUCUGAGGCUCAGUUCUUCCUGCCUCGGGAAGCACUGCAGAAUCCACGGUUACCUUAUUGCCUUAAAGGACCCCGCAGGACUUCUGUGAGCUGGAUCACAGGGUCGGGCCGCUCGACAUCGACCCCAAGGGUGGAGGCCAGGAGCCGGAUCUCAGUAUCUCGAAAGAAACCCCUUGGCCCGUCUUCCACAGUGGGCAUUCUGAACGCUGGCCGGGUCAUGGGGGGAGGGGCUGGUGGAGAGCCCAGCUAAUAGUAAUAGGUGGUGGGUUUCGCUGGAUCUGGAGCCCGCUCGGCCCCGGCUUGGCGUGGAAGGAUAAAGGGGCAAUGGGAGCUGAAUUGGUACAGCUGAGGCAAGGCGUAGGGGAUGCAGAGCAGCAGCUCGGAAGCUACGGGUCACGCAGUGUCUGCGGGGUUCUGCAAAGCUGCCAACUUUAGGGCCCUUUCCAUGUCACUGAACCUCCUUGGGCCUCAGUUUGCUCAAAUCCCCCUACUUCUCGGAAUCAUCCUUACUAGUCCAGGGUUGGGGAAAGCCCCCGUUGCUGUGGCAACGAUUCGGCACCGCCUUGUUAGGGCUAAAAAGCGCUUUUCAGUGAUAGUGAGGGAUGAGCCGCUUCUUUUAUGGCCUGAUCACGUUUGACCUUGAUUUAGGGAUCCUCAUGCUUCUCUUUCGAAAUGGAGGGAAGAAAACCUAAGUGAAACUGUGGAGGUUAGAAUGUCAAAUUAUGUAAUUAGGAAUUUUGAAAAAUAAAGUUUUACUACGUU